CGCCCGCCCGUCCUCCUCUGCCUGACUCUCUGUCUUGUUGCGCUUGUCAACGGCACAGAACCAGAGUGGGAUUUCGAGUGAUUAAGGGAAGAGCCAAGAGACACAUAGAGAAAGGGUAAAACAGAUUGUACCCAAAGGCAGCCCAGCAGCACCUAGCACUCUGCACUCUAUCCGUACCGGUUCUACAACACUCCAGAAUCCAGAGUCCAGAGUUCAGUACCACCGAGCAGGGACAUCCGGUUGCGGCAUUGACACCGGCACUGACACUGGCAUUGGCAUUGGUAUUGGUGCGCGCUGGCACUGAGGUGGCACUAGCACGGGACGGCGAGACGACUCACGUUCCCUUUCCUGGCCGUUCGGUGAGUUGAAUUGGACCGGACUGGACCACCGCCAGAGCAGGUCCGCGUCUCUGCUUCCUGCUCCUGCUCCUGCUCCGUCUGUCUGUCUACCUGACUACGUUAUUGCCGGAUCUGCUGCUUCUUACUUGCUUGCAUUUGGCCUGCUCUACGGAUACCUUACCGUACCGCACCUGACUGGUACCACGACUGCUUUGCUGCUUGCUACACGGACCAGCUUCUUCAGCUUCACCUUCACCUACAAUCUCUCUCUCUCUCUCUCUCUCUCUCUCUCUCUCUUCCCGACCGCUUGUUGCUGGAUCGUUCCAUCAAUCCUUCCUGAAAAGCCUCCCUCCCUCGUUCGCCUUGCUCUAUUCUGGUCGGACCACCAGCAUUGCAGCACCAGCGCCAACGCCAGCACCACCAGCAACCAAAGCAGAAAAACAAAAACGUUCCUUACUGCACACCCACCCGUCGAAAACUCCCACACUCUCAUCCUUGUGGCAAACCUUGCCCACCGAGCCUGAUCGAUCUACCUAACUUACCUCACCACUGAUUGACUCCCUGCUUCACCUUACCUGCCCGAGGUAUCUUCUGGGCAGCAGUUCCAUCCGUACCUCAUUUACCUCCCACCUUAGCCGGAACAGCCACUGUCGUACAGCAGCACCAUACCUUAACUACCUUACCUUUCGGCCAGCAACACACCUACCUACCGUCGGUACUGCCAUUCGCUCUCUCCCACCACCACGUCCCAGAGCAGACGAGACCGCACCCCGAUACCUCCCAGAACGAACCUCGCUCCUCGACCCCGCCGAAUCCGAGCCUGCAUCGUCGAAUCCGCCUCUUGCCCGCAUUUACUUAACCCUGACAUUUGCCCGAGUCGACUGCCUAUCUUUCUUCAACUAUGCUACAGACGCAUGGGGGACCUCACAACAAUGGCACCGAUUCACAUCACGAAGAACCUCGCGGAAGGAGCAGAACCCCGACAACACAGCUGCAACUCCCCAAGAACCGAAGCACCGGAAACCUCGCCGUUAUAACCGACGACAACAACACUGGCCGCGGUCGAAUGCGGUUUUCCUUCGAUGCCGGAUCUGUCGCAGAUGGCAGCGACCAUGCGCCACCAAGUCAUAGAUCCUCCAUUGUAACAGACCACGACCAUGGCCUCGGUCUUUCCGGAUUGCGACGAAUUCGACAACAACCGUCUUCGCGAGCUCCCUCCGCAGCCCCUUCCAGAAGCUCCUCCAUCGGUCUAUCGAGGUCAACAUCUAUGACAACACUGCUCGCGAACCCUCCCGGCAUGCCGUUUAGCUCCCAUCCAUCGUCACCCAAUUUCUCCGAAGACCUCUCCCGCUUCCCCUCCGAGUCAUUACAUUCCUUCUCUUUCGCCCACCAGUCCGAGGAGUAUAUACAUAACCGGCAAAAUGUCCUCAAGCGAUCCAUAGAAUUUAUGAAAGACCGGAUGGGAUGGUCUGUUUCACCAUCCAACGUUGCGCUUGCGAGCGCUCAGGCAAGGGCCUCUGGGGACGUCGAGACUCAGAACAUGCUGGACUUGUUGGCUAGGGCACAACUUGUCGGAGCGGGCAACCUUCCAUCCAUGGAUCAGUCCAUCCUCGGUCCUUUAACCGGCCCCCCGCAAGUUUCGGGGGAGAAUCUCUUUGAAGCGAACUUCAUUCCUCGAACAUCAAGCCCUGAACCCUUUCAGUCUCCCAGUCAGUCUCCCACUGCGACCCAAUUUGCAACAUUCCCCCCGAACGACCGACCGUCAAUAAAGCAGCAAGAUGAAAAUCAGAAAGUCGCCACGGGAGACAGUGAGUCAGAAAACUCGAGCAGGACGCCGACGAACGAGAGUGGAACAACUGCAAAGACAUCCCCGCCGCCAUCUCGAAGACUUAGCCUGAAGCGAACGCUCACAGAUACACUACCGGUCUCGGUUCAUCAGCAGCUUAUCGACACCAUGGCACAACCCUAUCUGGCAGCUCAAGAGAUGCUAGCUUCCCCAACAACCGCAAACAUGCCAAGUGCACUUGGCCCGGCUGUGCAUGGACACUCGACACGGUGGGUCCCAGCAGCGCAGGCCAUUUUCACAACAGAGUCAAAACCGCCAUGGACGAUUAUCGCGGCCAACGACCUUGCUUGCUUGGUUUUCGGGGUCACAAAGGCAGAAGUGCGGCGGAUGGGUAUUUUGGAGGUCGUUCAAGAGGAGCGGAGAGAUUGGUUGGAGAAGAAACUGCUGCAGAUGGAUCCUGAAGACACUAUCAAAGAGGCGGAAGAUAUUCCGAAAACAACGACGCCUGCGCCAACGGCUUCGGCUGCUUCGACAACGUCAACGUCACUUCUGGGCGGACGAGGUGGAAUUACGGCACAGCUCUUGAGCAAGCCAAACUCCAGAUCACAGCCCCCGAAAGUGGUCACUCGCAAGGCACAAACCGUUCACAGUGGAGAUCCCAGUCCGCCCAAACUCAGAGGAAGCUCACGACACCAAAGCAGUCGGUCAAGAGGCGUCCUUUUAUGCGGUGACGUGGUUCCAAUCCAGAAACGAAACGGUGCGACGGGCUCCGCCAGUUUGUGGGUAAAAGAGAAGCGGAUUGGUCUCAUUUGGGUCCUUGAGGAAAUCCACGAAGAUGUAGCUCAGAUUGAGCUGGACGACGACGGCAUUGUCCAGAAGAUUUCAGGAGCCACAGCACCAAUUUGGGGCUUUGAGUCACUGAGACCUGGCGUGGAUAUCGGCAAGCUGAUCCCACGCAUUCCUCGGCAAGGCAUCGACCCUCGCACUGGCGAAGUAGACUUUGCGCAGAUUGCGAGGCGUAAGUUUUUCACAUGCCCAAACCCAAGCAAAGUCAACAUUCCCUGCAGCGUCGAGCAAGUACGGGGCAAGACAGAGCUGCGCGUCUCGAGCUUCCCGCACAUUGCAGGGAUCAUCGUCGUGGACCCAGAGACUCUGAAGAUUCAAAGCUCAAAUUCGGUCUUCUGCGGCGCUCUGUUUGGCUACGAAAAGCCCGACGGCAUGGCCAUUGACUCUUUGGUGCCCGACUUUGAGAAGAUUCUCCAUAUUCUGACGGAAGAGGACGGUGUUCAACUGCAGGAUGGGAUUGUGGUGCCAGAGCACAGCUUCCGCCGGGCGUCGGCGAUUCUGGGUCUUCGGGAAAAUCGCCCCGAUGCGGCUGCGAGUUUCUUGCGGCCGGACGGGGUACCCGGAAAGCACAGGGAUGGGUCAGAGCUCAAGGUUGACGUGCAGAUGCGGGUGGUCAGAAGCGCAAAACAAUCUACCGUAAUCCAAGAAACCGUCAUCGAGGACGAGGACGAAGACAAGGACGGGGACAACCAGGACGACUCUUUCUCUGUCACCCACUCAGAAAUGGUCUUCGCUCUCUGGAUUACUUACUCCAGGCACAUGCACGCCGCCCGGUCAACGCUCGGUGUGACGUCGGCGUCCGCCUCUGGAACGACGACUCCCUUGCAUCAGCCAUCUCCUGGGCAGACACCGGCGCACACCCCACUGGAGAUUAGCUCGGAUUCCGACGAGCCAAAACCUCGAGAGUCUUCGUCGUCGACGGCAUCUGCCAUCACCAAACAACUCAAGGAAGUCGCGAUGACGGCCGCUGCAAAGUUGACCGGUUCACAGCGUCCCACGGACAAGAAGCAGGAAAAACCAUCCGUGCCAAAGGUUAUUGAGCCAGCACAGCAGAAAAAGUCCAUUGAUGACUUCCAGAUCCUCGAAGACAUGGGCCAGGGUGCUUACGGUCAGGUCAAAUUGGCCAAAGAUAAGAAGACGCAGAAGAAGGUGGUUCUCAAGUACGUGACCAAGCGACGUAUUCUUGUAGACACGUGGACGAGAGAUCGCAAGCUCGGCACAGUGCCUCUGGAGAUUCACGUUCUCGACUACCUGCGCCGGCCCGAUCUGCAACAUCCCAAUAUUGUCGAAAUGGAAUCCUUCUUCGAGGACGAGGUCAAUUACUACAUCGAGAUGGUUCCUCAUGGAUUACCGGGCAUGGAUUUAUUCGACUAUAUUGAGCUCCGCAGCAACAUGGAGGAGGCUGAGUGCCGUAGUAUCUUCAUCCAGGUUGCCAAGGCUAUUGGCCAUCUGCACACCAAGGCACUGGUGGUCCAUAGAGACAUCAAGGACGAGAAUGUGGUCUUGGAUGGCGAGGGUAACAUCAAGUUGAUUGACUUUGGAAGCGCAGCGUACAUCAAGAACGGCCCCUUUGACGUAUUUGUGGGCACUAUUGAUUACGCUGCUCCCGAGGUACUCGCUGGCAAGCCAUACGGUGGCAAGGAGCAAGAUGUUUGGGCGCUCGGAAUUUUGCUCUACACGAUCAUCUAUAAGGAGAACCCGUUCUACAGCAUUGACGAGAUCAUGGACCGAGAUCUUCGAGUCCCAUGGACGAUGAGCGAUGAGAGCAUUGACCUGGUGAGGUGCAUGCUCAACCGGGAUGUGGCUGCGAGAUAUGACAUCAACCAGGUUCUCGCGCACCCUUGGUGCCAGGAGGUUGACGAGGAGUGAAGGACACAAACGAAUUGAUGAUGGAGGGAAGAGACAUGAGAGACGGGUGGAAAGGGGCCGGCCGUACGGUACGGCCAUGGAGCAAAAUUUGGUCAAGAUACCCUAAAGAGCAAUCUUGAACAGCACGGCUUUUCGUUCUGAGGCGGAGCCGGAUGUGCUUAGAGAGAGAGCCAUUUGACGCAACAAGACGAAAUUUUCUUUUUAGCUUUUUUUUGGUUGUUGUUUUUCGAUCCGGGUCCAUGUGACGACUCUGAGGGUAAAGUUAAAACGACGACAACCGACCCCACCCCUCGGUCAUGGGUCUGCAUGGUGCUCCGGUGUGGUCUGGGGACAAAUUUCAGCGCAAAGAACAGAGAGCUUAUAGAAAGAUACUACCUAUGGCUUGGGGGCCCGAACUGGGGUAACGGAGAGAAUGGCGUUAUGAAUAGGAAAUACAAAGUAUGCUUUUUGUGUUCAUGAUAUGGGUAUCUUGUGGAUGUCGAUGUAUUUGGGAG